CGGGAAAGUUAUGCGAUGGAAUUUCAUCGAAACACAUAGAAAGUCAGUACUAGUCAGUGGGGGGUGACUCGAACAUGGGCUGCACAGAUCAAGUCGACACGCUGGCCUAAACAAGCUCGAGCGAGCUUAGAAUUUUCCUGCAGGCAACUAAUCGACAGCCCGAGAGGAUUAGUCAUGCAGUAAGAUGAUUUACGAAAUUGAACUUCAAGUCAAGGAAUUCAUGAAGUUAUUGAAUCACCUCCCCCUUCACUCCAUCCCCUCCCUCCUCCUUACCCGCAGAGGUUCAGUCCAGCAAUGCGCUCACGCUGGUUGUCUCUUAUCACCAUUGCACCUCUUCUCGCCAUCGUCCUCGUAGGACCCCUAUCAGUAUUAGCAGUCCCUGUGGUGGACCUUGAACUAGGGGAGGCACAUCCCAAAUCCUCUCGCGCGCAAUCCAUAGCAUCGUCAGGAAACUUCCUUGUUUUCAGACGUGACGAUGAUCACUCGCAUAUGCAUCACGGCGCACCUCUGACUGAGCUGAAUGAGACCGCAAUAAUCGAGUGGCAUCUUCCCACUCCCCCCUCUUACUGGUCUAUCGAUAUCGAGGAUCGUGACCCAUCGGUACCCCGUUACCCUGCACUCAUUGCCUUACAUGUCAUCUUCAUGAUCCUCGCCUUCUUUGUCGCCUUGCCUGUUGGAAUAGCGAUGCGUGCUGUAAAGCAUUCAUGGCACGGACUUGUCGUAGUCGCAUUCUACAUCUUGUGCGCACUUGGGUGUGCUUCCAGUACAUUGUACAAGAAGUUGACACCUGAUAUGUACGAGGGGUCAACCCAUGCCUCUCAUGGUUACUUGGUCCUAAUCUUAAGUUUAUGCCUCUCUGCGGUCGACAUCACACGCUUUUUCGUUCGUCUAUAUGCGUUCAUAAGGAGCAGAAGCAAGUUCGCCUUGAAACCAUUCUGGCGGAAUAUCGUUUUGGGACGUAAUGAAGUCUACGACGUCACAGCCAAGUACACUGGCUUGGACAUGGAGGAACCUCGAGAAUUCGAAGUGGCCGAAAUGAAACCUCUGAGGCCCGCUGAAACCAGGCAACCUUUUCAUGUGCGACGGAAUCAACCCAUUGCAACUACCCAGGCCCAAGAUUUGUAUGAUGCCGUCGACGAUGAAACAGCACCAUGGGUCAACAAUUCUCAACUCGGAAGUAGUCAUUAUACGCAGUCGAACUUGUCGGAGAGGAUCGUGUUUGAAGCCGAUUCUCCGCAGGGUUCUAGGCACUCUGAUGACACCUUGCAUGAUUUCAAGCUUCCCGAUCUUAUUGAACCGCAAGCUCCCCUCAUCCGACGCAUUGGUCAAGGAGCGUUUGCUACGCUUGAGAGAGCAUUGGUUUUUGCAGCCUUCGGUAUGACGCUGUCAGGUAUCGUCGUAUACACCGGUGGCUGCCGCGAAAGCUACAUAAACGGCUGUCUUGCACAUCUAAUCAAGGGUGGCAUUUUCUGGUGUUAUGGCUUGGUUACAUUUGCUCGGUACCUUGGAUCUUUCUCUGAGCGGGGGUGGGCCUGGAAUAUCUCGCCAACUGGUGAACAUGUUUCUGCUGAAUUUGUGGAGUCGUUAGUCAUUUUCCUCUAUGGCAUCACCAAUACUUGGAUGGAACGUUUUGGCGUUCACUCUGGUGACCCUUACACUACCAAGCAAGUGCAGCAUAUCAGCAUUGCUGUCAUGUUUUGGUUUGCCGGACUCGUUGGGAUGGGAAUAGAAUCCAAGCGUGUUCGCCGCUGGCUCGCAGCGCCUGCUUUAGCUGCCCUCGGCCCAGCAGAAACUUCUGAGCCCCCUAGCUACCGUGGUAGCUUCAACCCUUUCCCUGCUCUCGUCAUUGGCGUCACCGGUGCUGCAAUGAGCGCUCACGCCCAGACUUACCUCUUCCAGGUACAGAUACACGAACUAUGGGGACAGCUCCUUUUGGGAUUCUCGGUUCUAAGGUGCUUGACCUACUUUUUCGUCUGGCUUGGCCCGCCCCGCUCUAUCCUUCCCUCUCGACCGCCGACGGAAGCUCUCGGAAGCUUCUUCCUCGCAUGCGGUGGUUUGAUGUUUAUAUUCAGCACAGAAGAAGUAACCAUUGCCGCUAUGCGGAAAGGGCGUGAUGAUAUGAUGAUGUUCCUCAACGUUGCUGUUGCUAUCACAUGCUUCGCGUUCUGCUGGACCUUCUCCAUCGUUGCGAUGAAAGGAUGGCUUAGAUCCCGAAUCAGUCCCCGCUACCCGUUCUCAGUUCCAUGAUCAGGAGAAAUCCUCUUGUCAUCAGCGUUUAGACGUCAACAUUAACACACGGGACCUCGUUUCAAUCGAUGUUCAUAUUCGCCCACAUUUACAGUAGUUGAUAAUCGUGCUAUAUUCAUGGUCUUGUAACAAUAAUCGCUAUUCCCUUACGUAUUUUAUGAUGAUCUAUGUAGUACGACGAAAUGUCGAUAUCAAGUUUCUCUUACACAAUUGCAC